AGUAUAGCAGACAACUGACCGGCUUCAAGUUGACAGGCGUGAGUCCCUGAACCAGCGCCCUUGUAUGUAUGGGUACAUAGCACAGCCGUGCGUUCUGGCUGGUGUAAUCACUCAUCACCCUGCUCGCCAUGACUUCGACCUCGAUCCAGUUGUUCGUCGAGAAUCCGACAUGCCACGUCGGAGAGACGGUUCGAGGCACUGUGACGUUGGAUAUCCCGACCCUGCAAGCUGAGAAUGUAAACGAAGUAGUGCUUCGCAUGACGGGCCUGCUCACGAUCGGCUACACCGUAGGAGUCAACCCCCGGGUCCCCCGUAUAGGGCGCAUCUUCUACGUCAACAAGACACAAGAAGUAUGGAAACGAGAAACAGAAGAUGACUCUGCGUGCUCUGGCGUUUUCACGAUGGAUUUCAAUUGGAGAAUGUCGGAUCGUGCGCCGCAGUCCGUUGAGACGAGCGAGAAGAAUCCCGUCUGCUACGUCAGUAUGGUAUACCGCAUCGAAGCUGUGGGCGUCCGCCAUGGAUUGCUGCGGCGGAACAAACGUAUCCGUCGCACGAUUACUGUACUACCUCCAAACCCGAUCGGUCAAAUGGAACCGGAUGCGCUCGAGCGACUUCGCCGAGGAUGGGAAGGACCCUGGAGACAGAUGGGAGUGAGCAAACACAUCCGCAGGUUCUGGCUGUUGGGUGAUAAUGCAUACGUGGAAAUACUGUUGGCCUGCCCCGAAAGAGUCUUGCCCAUCGCGAUUAAUACCGACAUACCGUUCAAGUUGAUCGUCAUUACUAAGAGCCAACCAGGGCCUUACAAGCCAGAGGAAGAGUCGUGGCCUCAUCGCCCUGCAAAGCAGAGCGACAUCCAUUUCGCUAGGCAUCAGAUCGUCGACAUAACCGUGCAGAACAGUCAGAUCAGAGGGACUAUCAAGCAGAGAGGUGGUACUCUGGCAAAACUGAAAAUAGGAGACGUGGACUGGGAAAGACAGGCAAAGAAGUGGGAGGCGUAUGAAGGCGGCGAAGGCAGAUGGAUUUCCACAACUGUCCUGAAGUCAAGCUUUCGGCAGGAGAGUCCUGAUGCACAUAUCAGCCUGCAGCACACGGGUGGUCGGGCGGAUAUUGACGUUCAGGUACGCGGACACGACUGGCAGUUACGUUGGACACAAGUCUCACUGUUUGUACCAGCACAACCUACACGUCAGAGUCCGCCUCGGUGUGAUGCGUUGGCUGCGUGUAAACGUGCAUUUGGCGUAAACAUCUUCGUGUAGCCCCGGAGCUAUUGACUAAUAGCCACAGUACCACGGUAUCAGUUGGGCCAGACUACUUACUGUCUC